AUGCUAUUCCGGCCGCUUUCUUUAACCAUACCGCACAUUGCCUAUGCAUGUCUCGGAGGUUUUGUCGUCGUGUUUGGCAUGUUCUCUUUGUUCAUUCGAGAAAAGCUUUACAUUGGCGAGGCAUGCUGGGCAUUUCUCUUCGGCGUCAUCAUCGGUCCUUACGGUGCCGGCAUAUUUGAUCCUCGCAGCUGGGGCGACAAUACCACUGAGGAUACCGUGAAUGAAAUUACACUCGAGUUCACUCGCGUUGUCCUCGCAAUCGGAGUCUUCGCCAUUGGCGUCGAGCUUCCAAAAGCUUAUAUGAAGCGUCAUUGGAAAAGUUUAUUAUAUCUUCUAUUUCCUGUCAUGACAUGGGGUUGGUUUGUGUCGGCAGGCUUGAUUUAUGCUUUGAUACCUGACCUGACAUUCUUGUCAAGCCUUGCUGUCGCUGCAUGCUUGACACCAACUGACCCGAUUCUUGCUGCUGCAGUUGUUGGUGGCAAAUACGCCGACAAGCACGUCCCUGCUCAUCUUCGUCAUCUCCUCGCAGCGGAAAGCGGUUGCAACGAUGGAGCAGCGUAUCCCUUCUUGUACAUCGCAUUGUAUCUUAUAUUGGACUCCAGUACCGGCCGUGCCGUUGAAGAUUGGUUCCUUUUACUCUGGCUUUAUCAAGUCAUCCUGGGUGUGGCCGUGGGCGCCUUGAUAGGAUGGGGCUUCCGACACCUCAUGAAAUUCUGCCAGCGGAAUGACUUCGUCGACCGACAGUCUUACGUUGCACAGUACAUAUCCCUGGCCUUGCUUACCAUCGGUAUCAUGACAAUCCUAGGUUCUGAUGACCUCCUGGCAGCAUUUUCUUGCGGAACAGCAUUUGCUUGGGACGGUUUCUUCAACCGCCAGACCGAGGAAUCGGUGUUCAGUUCCGUCAUCGACUUAUUAUUCAACGUCGCUGCCUUCGUUUAUGUCGGCGCCUGGAUGCCGUUUGACAGUUUCAGCAACGAGACCCUCUCCCUUAGCGUGUGGAGACUCGUCGUUAUUGCCGUUUUAGUGUUGAUGUUAAAAAGGUUGCCAAUCAUGAUUGGGCUCUAUAAAUUCAUACCCGACGUAAAAACUUUCCGGGAAGCCAUUUUCAGUGGUCAUUUCGGCCCCAUAGGCAUCGGCGCAAUAUAUAUUUCCACAUUAGCAGCCCAGACGUUACCGAAACCUAACAACCCUCCAGCCAACCAGACUGAAUUCUUGGCACUCACCAUCCAGCCUAUCGUUGCAUUCAUGGUACUCUGCAGUGUCGCUAUUCACGGUCUGUCGAUCCCAUUCUCACUCCUAGGCCGCCGCGUGCAUUCUGUUGGGUCUCGUACGUGGUCCCGCCACGCCACACCCGCCGUACCUGACUGGGCAACACACACGCGUCACGUCACGCGUGCGGAAGACGUCAUCAUAAAUCGUGACCCUGCUGGACUCGAGCGUGGCGAGGGCGGACUGACGGAAGAGGAGAAGUCUGCACUAGAGAGCAAGCGCGCAAGCACGAUCACUGCGUCGCCACUGUCGCCCGAUGAGAUAGAAGAGAUUGGUGAGGCGAGCAGUGCGGAGACGCGGGCGGAAGCUGUGUUGGAAAAGGCCGAGGAAGAUACGAAGGAGGAGACCCCACCUGAUGGAAGGGAUACGACUGCGGAGUGGAGGGAAGGCCCGCAUAAGAUUAUUGAACGACGAGGUGGUCCUGGUGAAGAGGUUGACGUUGAGGUCAUUUAUAACGCAUUCAAGCCAUCGGAACGAGGCGUGCACUCCCGGUUCUCUGCAAGAGAAGGCGGCGCCCUACAAGCAGGUCGCGCGUAUCUUCGCAGGUUACAUCAUGCACCUGAAGAAAUUCAUAGGGGAGCUGAACAUGUCGAAGAAAAUGUUAAGCAUGAUAUACAUGCUUUAGAAUUAAAAGCCCAAGAAGUUUUGCAUGCUGGUGGCUCAAGCGAUGAAAACACGGGCGCAAGUCCCGAAGGUGAUGAAGACGAAGAGGGAUGGGCGUCGGACAAAAGUGGAGAUGGCGAAGGGCCUGUGUACUCGUUUGGGGAGCUGCCUGGCGAUCAUAGGAAGCGACCAAGAUCAUGGAAAACGAAAAGCGGAACUCAUCCUGCGGCUGCCAGAAGUUCGAGGAGCCAUCGACGAAGACAAUCAACGGGAGAUAGCGUGACGUUCUCGAGCCAUGCUAGGCAGCUUCUGGAGCAGGACCCACCGUCCGCCUUAACAGCUGAGCCGAGUGAGAUCGUGCCGUUGGAGGAUGAGGAUCAGCGUGGGAGGAGUCAUGCGCCUCACCGCCAGGGCUCUGGGCACACUUACCGUCGCUCCAUCCAGCAUCGACGGUUGGAGUCUCUGAAGACCAGCGAACAUAACUCGCGGGAUGUCUCGCCUGCUCGAUCGGUCCGGUUCGUCGACGAAGAGCCUCGGAGUAGUACCCCUACUCCUAAGACGACGCUUGACCAGACGCCCCAGGGCAGUUCCAGUGAACCGUCUACCACUGACGACUCGGAGUCAAGAGGGAAGGUCACAUUCGGCCUCACUCACGUAAGACGCGGGUCUGAAGACUAA